AUGCCUAAAAAUAUAAAUAGAGUUAUAAAAAACUCUCUAACAAAUAAUAAUAAUAAUAACAAUCGACUUACUUUAAAUAAACAAACUUUUUUAAACAAUAUUUUAAAUAACUCUCAGAUCUCAAGGGAUCAUCACAGAGUUUUAAUUAACCAAACUAUAAAUUUUAUCAAAGAAAAUAAAGAACAAAAGGAAAAUAUUAUUUCCCAUCUAAUCGAAAGUUUAAAAAAAAUUUUAACAGUAUCGAAUAGCGAAGAAGUAGAUAAUUUCUUUAAAUUUUUAAUAGAUUUUUCAAUUAUUUACUACAAUUAUCAAAAAUCACAACUAGGUUUAUUAAUUGACACAUACAGCCAUACCAACUCUGAAGUUUCAAAUCAAUACAGAAGCUUUCUUUAUUUAUUAAUUGAAAAUGUAAUGGUAUUCUCACAAAUUAAUGACUUUGGUAUAAGAUCAAGAUCAAUUUAUUUUUUAAAUUUAAUAAUCCAUAAUAAAAAAACUUUACCACUAUUAGACAAAAAAAAAAUAAAUAUAGUUUUAAAAUUUUUAAAAAAAAAAAUAAAAGAUAAAAAUAAUAUUAAAUGUUACUCAAUUAAAUCAAUUUUAAAAAUCAUUAAAUUUUUACAACAAGAUAUAUUCAUAGAUGAUAGUGAUUCUCAGCAAGAAAGCAGCGAUAAUACUGAAGAAAUUGAAGGAUAUAAAAAGAAAAUAAAAGAAUAUUCUGAACUUGUUGUUUCUAUUUUAGAUACUGACGAAUCAAACGAGGUUCGAAAAACUAUUUUACAAAACUUGACAAUUAAUAAAGAAAACUAUAGAAUAUUUAUUUUAAGAUUAGUAGAUAAAUGUGAAGCCAUCAGCAAGCAAUGUGCAUUAUCAAUUUCAACAAUAAAUCCACUCGAAAACUUUUCUAAACAGGAUAUCAAUGAUAUCGUUUUAAAUGGAUUAGAGUCAAGAUUUUCAGCAACUAAAAAAGAGACAAAGUUAAUGAUUUGUGGUUCCUGGAUGAAGAGUUAUUUUGAAAAUGACUUGGAGAAACUGGUCAAAUUCUUGCACAAUGAUCAAAAGCAAGAUGAAUCAAUCAUUAGCAAAAUAUUAUUUACCCUUUUUUCCGAUGGCCAAUCACCCGAUACAUUUUCAUUCAAGAAUUCAAUUUUAUUGUAUAAACCAAUUACUGAUGAAUUCUCACUAAUCUAUAAACUUUUUUUCCAAUUUCUUUCUAAUGAAAAACAAGAAAUUCAAGAUUAUUUACCACCAAUUUCAAACUAUAUAUAUUAUUUUCAACAAGUAGAAGAGUUUUAUGGUUGCUCAAUUUUUGAACAAAUAGAAAAAGAAAACAAUAAUACUUUAAUAACUAAUAGUGAUGGCGCAAAUAGUAUCCAUAGAGACAAAAUUAGUACAGAAAAUUUAAAUUUAAAAGAUCAGCCAUUCGUUUUUCUUCAAUUAAUCACGAUUUUAAACUAUUACUCAAACGAAGUUAAAUUUGCAUUAUUCAAAACAUUUCAUUUAGAAAGGCACUUUAUUCAAAUUAUUAUAUCAUUAAACUAUUCAAUUGAAAUUAAAGAUAUAAUAAUUAAUAUAUUAAGAAACUCUUUAAAUUCAAAAUAUUUUUAUGAUACUAUUUUAAACUGUAUUUCAAAGAUAUUAGGUACUCCAGUUAUUAAUAAUAUCAACUAUAGUGAAAUUAAAAUAAAAUGUCAAUUGCAUUCACUUUCGAUAAUAUCAAAUGUUUUAAAAAACACAAGCAAAAAACAAGAGGAAGAAAAUAUAAUUUAUUUAAUUGGCUUCAUUAAUGAAUUAUUAGAUAGCGAAUCAAAAGAAGUUAAAGAAAAAGCACUGGAGUGCUAUGGUUUUUAUUGUUUAUUAGAUUCGAUUGGUGGUAGCUUUCAAGGAAAACUAUUUAAUGCUUUGGUAGAAGGUUCAACAUCAAUGAAAACCAAAAUGCUAUCGUUCUGCUUUGAUAUUUUGUUAUUAAAAUACCAUUAUUUAGACGUUGAUAGUUGUAUCAAAAUGCCAGCGAAUUGUUUUGACAAAGAAAUUUCAAAAUUACUUUUCGUUUUAUCACAAUCAAUCAUAAACCCCUCUUUUAUUUUAGAAAAAGAAAUUAAAGAUAUUUUCAUUGAAGGUGUUUCAAAAUUAUUUAUUUCAAAUAUUAUAAAUACCCCAUCAAUAUUUUAUAAUAUUAUGGUUUUCUUUUUUAAAAAAGAAAAAGAAUCAGAAAAUUCCUAUCAAAUAUUAAAUCAAUUUUUCAAAGUUUUCCCAUCAUCCUCUUUAAAAUCUUUUAAACUAUUUUUGAAAUCAUUCACACCAACAAUCAAUUUUUUUUUAUUUUCAAAUGGUACUGUAGACCCAAAAAUUAUCGAAGCAAUUAUUUAUUUUUAUCACACAAGCCUCACCAAAAUACAAGAAAACCAUAGCUCAAUUAGUGCCAAUGACUAUAAAAAUAAAUUAUUAAAAAAUUAUUUAAAAAGUUUAAUUAUUUAUUUAAAAACAAAUGAAAAAAAUCAAAUUAAUUUAAUUUCAAAUAUUUUAAAUAAGUUUGAAAUUCAAGAAAUAGAUACAAUCGAUUUCAAAAAAAUUAGAGCAUUAUUAUUAAUUUUGGAUGACUGUUCAAUUAAAAAAAAUCUUUUAGGAACAAUACAAAUAAUUAAAAAUACAAUGGAGUAUACAAUUUCAACUUUUACAGGUUAUCAAGACCUCGAUCCCCAAAAGAUUGAAGAGAUUAGAGAAGAAAUUGAAGACUUUUGUUCUCAAAGACUUGAAGAUUUAGAAAAAUCCUCGUUUGAGGCAAAUCCAAGUAGUCAAGAUCCAUUUAACUAUAUCAGUCCAAUUAAUGAUGAAACCAUUGAUGAUUUAGAUAAUAGUGAUGAAGAAAAUCAAAUAACUAGUCAAGAAAUUUUACCAUUAAAUAACUCACCAGACUUUAAUAAUAAGAAUAAUAUAGAUAAUAUAGAUAAUAUAGAUAAUAUAGAUAAUAUAGAUAAUAAAAAUAAUAAUACCAACGAAAACGAAAAUAAUAUUCAAUCACAAAACUCUAAUUCCUCAUCUUUAAUUAAUAACUUUAACUCAGAUACCGAAUUUAAUGAAAAUAGUGAUGAAGAAGAGGAAGAUGAUGUUCAAUUCGAUACCGAUAAUAAUAACCAAACCAAUAUAGAUAAUAAAAACAAAAAUAAAAACUGUAUAAUAAUGUAG